UUUUUAGUGUUGCACUUGCUGCAGAAGGUUGUCCAAAAUUGACUUGAUGAGACAUGUACGUCAUCGUGGUAGCAAGACAGCAGCACACUUUUUUUAUUGAACCUUUAUUUAACUAGGCAAGUCAGUUAAGAACAAAUUCUUAUUUACAAUGACGGCCAAACCCGGACGACGCUGGGCCAAUUGUGCACCGCCCUAUGGGACUCCCAAUCACGACCGGAUGUGAUACAGCCUGGAUUUGAACCAGGGACUGUCGUGACGCCUCUUGCACUGAGAUGCUGUGUCUAUGCAGUGCCUAGACAGCUGCGCCAGUCGGGAGCCCAAGAUACUAGUCACUUCGUACAGUAGGUGGCGGCAUUACAUCAAUAGGCGUAGUCUGCCAUAAAACCUCAAGGAAGAAGAAGAAGCACACUCGUGAGAAUUAUGAACCGUUGUUCAUGUAUCUGUUGUCGUUUUAUAGACAGAUGAGCGAGUCUGCCAACAAAUAUGAUCCCUCUAAAGCGCAGGAAAGUGAACUGCUCCGUUACAAGCGACAGCAGCGGUGACAGGACCAGCAAGUUUCCCGGGGUUGUCAUCUUUCUCCUGGAGAGAAAAAUGGGAGCCAGUCGGAGAGCCUUUCUCACCCGGCUCGGGCGGGGGAAAGGUUUCAACAUAGAAUACUUCUUAAGCCGUUCCAUCACUCAUAUCGUGUCCGAGAAUAAUUCUGGGGAGGAAGUCCGGACUUGGCUGGACCUCCAGACUGGAGGACAGAGCAGAGAAGGGGGAGAAGGCAGGACAGCCCAACCUGGUUCUGUCCAUCUCCUGGACAUGGUGUGGUACACAGAGAGCAUGCAUGCUGGCAUCCCUGUGAUUAUACUGGACAGACACAGACUACAGGAGAGAGAGAAGCCUGGUUUGGAGCUGGCAGUGGUCUCAGUACCCAGCUAUGCCUGUCAGAGACACACCCCUCUACUGCACCACAACACAACAUUGACCGAUGCGUUGUCCAUACUGGCUGAGAAUGCGGAGCUCAGUGAAAACGAGGGACGGGGAGUGGCAUUCCGUAGGGCAGCAGCCUUGUUGAAGUCCCUCCCCCAGGAGGUCAGAGGGGCAGAGCAACUACGAGGACUACCUUGUCUGGGGGAGCAUUCACUCAGAGUCAUCAAGGAGGUUCUGGAGGAUGGUGUAUCUCAUGAGGUGGAGACCACCACGCAUUCAGAACAGUUUAAGGCCAUGAAGGCCCUAACAGGUAUUUUCGGGGUAGGGGCGAAGACAGCGGACCGUUGGUUCAGGGAGGGAAUACACACCCCCUCCGACCUGCAAAGAUCAGGACACACACUCAACAGAGCGCAACGAGCAGGUCUGCAGUAUUAUGACGAACUGAACCUGCCUGUCACGAAAUCAGAGGCUGUUGCAAUUGGUCAGAUUGUGGAGAGGGCGGUCCAUGCUGUGCUCCCGGGGGCAGAGAUCAUUCUGAUUGGAGGAUUCAGGAGAGGUAAGCAGACUGGUCAUGAUGUGGACUUCUUGAUAACCCAUCCCGACGAGGGCAGAGAGGGGCUCAUGCCUAAGGUGGUGUCCUGGCUUGAAGCACAGGGCUUCCUGUUGUACCAGAAGACCACUCGGAACUCUUAUCUGGAGAGCAAAGAGGGUCCUGCGAGGCCAGCCUCUAACAUGGACCGCUUUGAAAGAUGCUUUUCCAUCUUUAGACUGAGCACAGACAACGAAGGGAGGGAGAUCCAGACGGGGGAUGGUCCACAGACAUACUCACCGACACUGACCAAUACAGAUCCACACACCCACUCAGACACUCACCCACACUCAAAAACGGACUCACACCCACUUCCCCAGACCCUUGUCUUCCCCAAACCCCAGACUUCAGACUUCCCCAGACUUCCCCAGACCCCAGACCAUGCCCAGAAGGUGAGCUGGGUGCUGGGUCAUUCUCAGUGCUCAGGUCCCCGGUCCUGGAGGGCAGUGAGGGUUGACCUGGUGGUCUCUCCAUACAGCCAGUUUGCCUUCGCAUUGUUGGGCUGGACUGGAUCGAAGUUGUUUGAGAGAGAGCUGCGUCGCUGGGCAGUACAUGAGAAGGCCAUGACUCUGAGCAGCCAUGCUCUGUACGACAGAAAACGGACGCAGUAUCUAAGGGCGAGUUCAGAGGAGGAGAUCUUUGCUCAUCUGGGUCUGGAAUAUAUCCCUCCCUGUGACCGGAACGCCUGACAACAACAUACGGGACUGAUAACAGAUAGUCUAAGCGCUAAGCUAAGCAAACCCAAGCUAACUUAAACCUAAACAUAAGCCAAAUCAAACUGAGCCUUAUCCCGAGAACAACACACAGGCCAGAUACAGCCCAGGGUAGACAAGAAGGGGGGGAGGGGGAUAGAUCGUUACAUAUCUGUAUUUUAUUCAAUUGUAAAUAAUAGAUAACAUACAGACCCAGGAUGUUGUAAAGUACCAAAUCUAUAUCUUUAGUUAUCUAAAUUAAAAUAACUUAACUACUCGAGCCAUUAAUUGUACAGUAUGUGCUUUUUUUCAUAUCUGACAUAUUAGAUCAUUUUCUUUCAUUGGUGCCUUGUUAUUGAAUACGUUUUUAAUAUUUACUGCAAUUUGUUUGUAAUAUUUAGAAUGCAGUUAAACUGUGAAUUAAAAUGACAUCAAUAGUUUUAGACUUACCAAAAAGCUUUUAAAAUGUGACAUAGGAUAGGAUAAAGCAAUCCUUCUGCCCCCCCCCCCCCCCCCCUUAAAAGAUCUUGAUGCACUAUUGUAAAGUGGCUGUUCCACUGGAUGUCAUAAGGUGAAUGCACCAAUUUGUAAGUCGCUCUGGAUAAGAGCGUCUGCUAAAUGACUUAAAUGUAAAUGUAUAAUGUAGGCCUAAAACUGUGUGCGUUCUGAGGGAAAGUGCUUAAUAUAUGCAUGUCCUCAUGCAGUGUGUGGUUUUGUUACAUUUUGCAGGAUGACAGCAGUGGCCUAUUUACACAGCAGGUGUAUGCUACACACACACCACCAUCCAACUCACGGUCUCAGAAAUAGAAACAUUAUGUACAAAAUACAUUUUAAAAAUGCCAAAAAACACACAGCAUAAUUGGUUAGGGGAUCGUAAAACGGCAGCCAUCUCCUCCGGCGCAUGUGACAAAUAAAAUGUGAUUCUAUUACCUCUCAUGACAUGUCUGAGCAUAUAUAUGUUUGUACGUUGAUAUAUGUAUAUACAGUAUGCCAUUUUAUAUAUUAUCAUUUUAUGCAUUGUGGUGGUUUCUGUGUGUACUCUUGUUUUUAUUUGACAGAAAUAAAACUCCCCUAUUAUUGAA